CGGAUAGAUGUGGACACCAACCGAGACACCACUUGGUUGUCUCCCCGCUGAUGAUCCCCAGAAUUGUUCAAAGCAAGGGCCUUAUAUUAUCUAGCUCAUACGGUCUCAGUCACAUAUUUCCACAUCAUUCCUCACCUGGCCUUUACAGUGCCGACCGCCAACAGACAAUGACUUCAAUAACUACAUCACCCUUGGCUUCUACCACAUCACCUCUACCACCCCAGACGCUUGCAGGCAAGACUGCUAUUAUUAGCGGUUCAUGUUCCGGUAUAGGAGCUGAGAUUGCACGCGAACUUUCCUCACGCGGCUGCGACAUAGUCAUCAACUACCCUUUUCCAGCUUUGGAGACACAAGCACUCGAGUUGGCCAACAGUCUCACGUCUCGAGCAAUCUCUGUGUGCGCGGAUAUCUCGACACUUGACGGUCCUCAAACCCUCGUCGCCGCCACAGUGAAGGAAUUUGGGAAGGUUGACAUCCUUGUUAAUAAUGCGGCAAUUGCUGUUAAUCUCCCGCUCGAGGAACAAACUAUAGAACAUUGGGACUCACUUGUAAACCUGAAUGGCAGAGGUACUUUCCUUCUUACCCAAGCUGCGCUACCACAUCUCUCCAAGACGGAUUCAAGGAUCGUCAAUAUCGAUAGCAUUUCAUCUCGCGCAGCACCUGCUAUGCAGACGAUCUAUGCCGGAACGAAAGGGAUGGUGGAUUCCUUUACACGAUGCUGGGCUAGAGAGCUGCCGCCAAAGUAUGGAUGUACAGUCAACUCUGUUAGUCCGGGACCCACUAUGACAGAGGGUUUUGCGGCGGCGGGAGAAUCAUUCAUGAAAUUAAUGCAGCCUACUCUUGACCUAACGCCCGUAGGGCCGCGCAUGGCGAGGCCUGAGGAGAUUGCGUUCGCGGUAGGGUUUCUGUGUGAACCUAGGGCCAGUUGGAUUAAUGGGCUCAACUUGACAGCAAGUGGGGGGUUAUUUAUUGAUUGAUUAUAUAGAUUACUUACCUGGCAUAUGAUAUAAACAUCGAAGCAUAUUAUAACAACUUGUUAAGCCUGAACCGCAUUAGCAUGGGCUCAAAGGUAGAGCUGACAGUAGUAAGAGAGAAACACUCAACUUGAGUAACUAUGCAAACUAGAAAGCGUCGGGUUAGGACAGCCUCUGGAUGCGGAUAAGGUACUGCUCAUAGUUAAAUUACCG